GCCUCUGACACAGUCCAUUUCUCUUCCAGGUGAACAGCCUGAAGUUGGGUGAUGCCCUGAGUUCAUUAUCUCAGCUCCAGGACUGCAGCAUCUUCAUCAAGAUCAUCCACAAAAUCCAUGGCACUGAAGAGGAACAAACCAUUUUGCAGCAAAAUAUGCCAGAUCGAGUUGCCUAUGUUGUCAGCUUUCUUGAAAAAAGCUGUAAGCACAAAUCGACCACACAGAGCCUGGUAUCUGAGGAGAAGCUUCUGGCAGCUGAUGAACUGGAACUAGGCAAGGUGGUUACGUUGCUGCUUUAUUAUGCUUCCAUGAGUGAUAAGAUUCCAAGGGAGUGGACCACCGUUGAAUAUGACCUCCAGGCGGAGAUGGCCAAAUUCCUCAACUUCAUGCUGUACAAUGAAGAUUGCCUUGGUGAGAAUCUGGAGAUCUUUCUUCAAAAGAAAAUGCCUCAGACAUGCAGUAUCUCCAGGCCCAGUUUGGAAGAGACCACCCCACCAAAGCGAGAAGUGCACUUCUUGAAGCUGCAGAAAGUUGCAUCUUCAUCCAGUGUCAAUAAAAUGCUCCCUGGAUCAUCUACUUCUCCCAUCGGCGACGUCAUGCAGACGCCUCAGUUCCAAAUGAGGAGGCUGAAGAAGCUUCUGGAAGCUGAGCGGGAAAACCGAGAUGAACUGGAGCAUGAGUUGGCAGAGAAUCGCAAGCUCAUUGAUGAGAAAGAUACGCGGAUCCUGGUGAUGAAACAGCGGAUCGACCGCCUCACCCUCCUCCACGAGAGACAGGCUGCUGAUCAACUGGAGCCCAAGGAGAUGGAGGAGCUCCGAGAAAAGAACGAAAGCCUCCUCAUGCGCCUGCAUGAAACACUCAAGCAGUGUCAAGAUCUAAAGACAGAAAAGGGCCAGAUGGACCGGAAGAUCAACCAGCUCUCAGAGGAGAAUGGAGAUCUCACUUUCAGGCUUCGAGAAUUUGCUCGCACCCUUACAGAACUUCAGGAAGCUAUGGAUGAGGUCUCUGAAGAACACGACACAGCUCUGAGGGAAUGGGAGGAAAGGAGAAGCCAUUUGGAAACUGAACUGCACAAUGCUCUCAGUGAGAAGAGAUGCUUAGAGGAGAAGGUGGAGAUUCUGCAGGGGAAGAUCUCCCUACUGGAGGAUCAGCUGGCAAAGCUGAAAGAGAGCAGCUCGCUGCCAGAGAAGGGCGAGGUCAUGAGUGAUGUCUUAAAGCUUGAAGACCUAAACCAACAAGUGACCAGUCUCAGCGGCAAGCAGGCAGAGCUUCAGGCGACUGUUCUCCGCCUUGAAGAGGAGAAGCACUUGCUUGAGGCCAACCUUCAGUCAGAAAGGAGAAACUUUGAAGCAGAGAAGCUCCAGCUCACUGGUCUCCUCACUAACCUUCAGAAUUCUGCCUCUGAGAUCUCUCGAGCCAAAGAGAAGCUAGAGCAGGACUCUCAGGCCCAAGAGGCGCGCUUGGUGGGUCAGGUCAAAACCCUGACGGAAGAGAUAGCAAAUCUGACAGGUCACCUUCGUCAGAAGGAUGAGGAACUGCUUGCUCUGCACCAGCAGGUGGAAGAAGAGAGGAUACAGAGAGGGCAGCUGGCAGAAGACAUGCAGAAGAACGAACAGGCGUCUCAGGCGGCCCUCCAGGAGCUGACCCUUAGAGUGGAUCACCUGAACAACUCACUGAAGGAAAGCUGCGAGAAGGUGGCUCAAGUGGAAGCAGCGAGUCAGGAAGAGUACAACAAGGCUGCUCAGGAAAAGGAGUUGGCUCUGCGGCAGCUCCAACAGAAGGAGGCAGAACUGUCUUCUCUAGUGAAGCGGAUGCAGUCUCUGGAACAGGCUCGGAACACCUCCGUGGCAGAGGCUCAGAGGGAGAAGACUGAGCGGAGCCAGAAGAUCCAGGAGUUGGAGGCCAAGAUUUUGGCCCUCACUGCCCAAUGCCAGCAGAGUGAGGCCCAAGCAGGAGUCGUGCCAGCCCUAAAAAGCCAGUUGCGUGAGGCCCAACAAAAACUGGCUGACAAGGAGAAGCUGGCUAAGGAGAACACGCGCCUCCAGGAGCGGCUUCUGAUUCUGGAAGAGUCUGUCCGCAACACGGAGGGCAUCUUGGAGGAUGAGAAGAGGAGGGCCGGCGAAUCCCUGGAAGGCAAUCUUCGGCGGAUCUCUGAGCUAGAGGACCAGAUCCAGGAGCUAAACAAGUACCGGGACCAAGCAGUGCAGGAGAAGGAGGAGGAGAAGGCCAAGAGGCAAGCCCUGGAGGGCCAGGUGCAGCAGCUGGGGGAGGAAUCCAGGACCAAAGUCCAGGAGCUUCAGCGGCAGCUGACAGAAGUGUCUUCUGCUGCCAAAGGGGAGACCGGGGAGUGUGGCAGGCUGGAGGAGAAGGUCCAGGCCCUCAGCAAGGAUCGGGAGCAGCUCCAGAAAAGGUUUCAAGCUGAACAAGAGAAGGUGAGCAAACUGGAAAACCAGAUGAAGCACCUGAACACCAAACACCAAGAAGCUCUGGCUAAGCUUCAGGCCAAUUUGUCCCGUGCGCUUUCCCAGGCCGAGGCAAGAGAGGGUGCUGAGGAGAAACUCAGGGCUGAGAUGGCCUCUUUGCAGGAGGAGAUGGCAACCACUCGCCAAGAAGCAGCCCAGAGUGUGGCAAAAGCGAAAAAGGACCGGUGUGAAGCAGUGCAGGCCCUUGAAGCUGCCACCAGAGACCUUGCUGAGGAGAAACGCAAGAGAGCAGAGCUGGAGGCCAAAGCAAAGCAGCUGGGAGAGCAGAGCCGGAAAGACCUGACCACAGCCGAGUCCUGUCUCUCCAGCGUCAGGUCUUCCCUGAAGGAAAAGGAGCACGAGGUGGAGCAGCUCUCUUCCCAGGUGAAGUCCCUUGAGGCCAAGUUGGAGGAGGCCACACAGCAGCAGAAAAGGGAGCUGGCUUUGCGUGAUGAGGAAGCAAAGCGACUGGCGGGUGAGGAGGAGAAAGCCAAAGCGGAGCUAGCCACGGAAAAGGCCAGCAAGGCAGCACUGGAGGCCCAGCUGCAGAACCUGACCAAUGAGCAUCGCGUGGAGGUCACUGGCCUCCAGGAAGAGGUGGCCAGAGCCCAGGAAGUGGCCAGCGAGAAAGAGCAGGAGCUGGAGGAGCUGCGCUUGAAGAAUGUCUCUCGCAGCGAGGAGCUGAGGGACCUGCAGAAGACUGUCAGCAAGCUGAAGGGGGAGCUGGCCUCCGUGGAGGCACUGAAGGAGCGGGGAGCCAAAAUGGAGAAUGAACUGCAGGGCUUUCUGGAAGUAGCUCAGACCCGGGAGGCAGAGAUGGAAAGCAUCAAAGCCACGAUUCACUCCAAGGACCUCACGUUGAAAAGCCUGGAGGAAGAGAAGCGCCUCCGAGAGCAGGAGUGUGCGUCCAGCCGGGAGCUCUAUGAGAAGCAACUGAAGGAGUGUGAGGUGCUCCGUGGCCAGGUGGGGAGCCUCGAGCGGCAUUGCAAAGAGCAACAAAGCACCAUUGCCACACUGGAGGAGGCGAUAGCGGCCUCAAGGAAGAAGCAGCAGAAGGAGAUAGAGGCUUUGAAGCAGGAGGUGGUGCAGCACAAGCAGAGAGCCUCUGAGCUGGAGAAGGUCCUGGAGGCAUCCAAGGCCAGCCAAGAGAAGCUGAAGAAGGACCUUCUUGACCAGGGGGAGGAACUGGCCCGGAGCAGAGAGGCUGUUUCAAGAGUUGAGAAGGAGCUGGCUUCACUGCGCACCUCGGCUCAGGAGAAGGGCAAGUCCGAGGAGAACUGGAAGGAGCAAAUGUCACGGUGCCUCCAAGACGGCGAAAGGAAGGCCAGCCUCAUCAGCAGCCUGGAGAAGGAGAUGUCCAUCAUGCACAGGCAGCUGCUUGAGAAGGAAGCUGAAAGCAAGGACCUGAGGCGGCUGGUCAUGGCCGAGUCAGAGAAGAGCAAGAAACUGGAGGAGCGGCUUCGACUCCUCCAGUCUGAGAUGGCCACUGCUGCUUCCCGAGCGGCUGAGAGGUGUUCAACCAUGAAGGCGGAAGCACAGAACUCCCAGGAGCAGGCAGAGAAGAUGAGAAUGUCUGUGGAGGCCCUGAGGAAGGAGCUGGGGGUGCUCUCCAAGAGAGAGGAAGACCUCUGCAAGGAGCUCAAGGCCUGGCAGGAGAAGGUCUUCCAGAAGGAUCAGCUCCUCUCCAGCCGACAGCAGGAGCUCACCAGCGCCCAGACCUUGAUUGGAGAGCUGAUACCCAUCAAGCGCCUGUACCAGCAGCUGCAGGUGGAGCAGGCCUCUCAGGAGAGCAAGCACCGGGAGGAGGCAGAGCAGAUGCAGAAGACCACCAGCAUCCUCCAGGCAGAGCUGGCCAGGACCAAGCUGGAGCUCACAGAGUUGCUCGCUGCACGGGAGAGGUUCCUCCAGCAAGAGCACUCUGUCCAGCAGCUGCAGGUGGAGAACAGCAGCUACGUGGAACAACUGGCCACCCUCCAACAGGCCCAUGCCCAGCUGGCAGAGGAGAACAGGGCGCUGAGUGAACAGUCCAGCCAUGGGCUGCAGCGCCUGGAUGCAGAGCUGACGCAAACCAAGCAAAAAUAUAUCCAGGAGCUGGAGGCUGCCAAGCUGGACUCUGAGAAAGUGGUGGCUAUCAGCAAGCGAGAGGCUGAAGAGGCCCAGAAGAAGUUGGAGACCAUGACUGUCAAGUAUGAGGAGGCAAAACAGAAGCUGCUGACACAGGUGGAGCAGCUAGAGGUAUAUCAGAAAGAGCAAGCUAAGCAGAUGGACGAGCUGAAGCAAAAACUGGCCCAGCAAGAGAAGGCUGGCCAAGCCCAGCAGCAGAAGGCUCAGAUGCGUGAAGAAGAAUUACAGGCAGUGGUGAAACAGGCUAAUGAAAAGGCAGGCGAGCUCCAAGGGCAGCUUGUGCAGAAGGAAAAAGCCAUGGAGCAUUACAAGGCCCAGAUAGAGAAGGCCAAAACCCAUUACAACGCAAAGAAGCAGGAAAACCAGGAGCUGCUGAAGAAGUUGAAAGGCCUGGAACAACUCGAGAAGGAGAAUGCUGAGCUGAAGACUGAGUCAGAGCGCCUUGCCAGAGAGUUGCAACACACAGCCAUGCAAGUCAAGGAGUCUGAGCUCAGCUGCAAGAACCUCACCAGUCGGGUCCGCGUCUUGGAGGCACAGAUGGAGUUUGCAGAUCGGCAGUUGCGAGAGCAGGGCAAGUUCCAGGUGGCCACAGAUGCAUUAAAGAGCCGCGAAACCUUCAGACAGAGCCCAGCUGACAUCAGCACAGACAGUUUGGACCUGAGCGCCAAUGAAGAAACCCAGCCGCUCAACUCCACCAGCAGGAGGACCCGCCGUUCCCUUUCCGAAUCCGGGCCAGCAGAGUCAUCCAAGGCUUCCCAGCCAUUGCCUCGUAAGAUGGAAUCUCUGGAGAGCCUCUACUUCACGCCCAUCCCCACCCGCUCCCGGUCCAAACUGGAGAACAGCGGGGGAUCCAUGGGCGAUGUUUCCUUUGAGUCGGGACGCAAGACACUCUCCAGUCGACGGCGCACCACACAGGUCAUCAGCAUCACCAUGACCAAAAAACAUGAUGAGGCCGACGCCCCCAGCAGUGCCAAUGAGUCCUUCUUCAGUUUGCAGUCAGCUGGGUCCCAGGCCUCCAGCCAUGAGACAGUCAAAACCCGCCUGCGGUCUGCCGCCAGCUCCUCCACCCGUUCCCUCGCCAGCCUCCCUUCCCAGGACUCCCUCCACCAGCUGACCGCCUCCUCCCCCAACGACAGGGCCAGCAACGCUGCUCUCAUGAACCUGCCUGGCUACCGGCCCGCCACCCGCAGCUCUCUGAGGCACUCCCAGGCCGGAGGGGCCAAUACUGGCCGCCGCAGUAGCAGCUUCUAUGUUGGUUCCUGCCAUGACGAACCUGAGCAGUUGGACGAAUGGAACCGCAUUGCCGAGCUCCAGCAGCGCAACAGAGUGUGUCCACCUCACCUCAAGACUUGCUACCCUUUGGAGUCCAGGCCAUCUCAGUCACUGACAACCAUCACAGAUGAAGAAAUGAUGACCGGCGACCCAAAGGAGACGCUCCGACGGGCCACCAUGCUGCCCUCUCAAGUUGCUGAAAGACCCAUCACCCGCCGCAGCACAAUGAGCUCAACCUUGGCCGCAGGAGACGGCGUUGCUACCCGGAAGCAAAGGAAGCGCGUUUCGGAUGAAUCCCAGCACGGUCCAGGCACCCCAGAGUCCAAGAAGUCUGCCAGCUGCUUCCCACGGCCUCAGACACCCAAAGCGCGUACCGAGGAUCACAAGCACAGCAGUCAUCCGGGAGGCAAGAAGGGCAAAAGCCAAGCAUCCGACAAGCAGUCCGAGAGGCGCCAGUCCCUUGCGUUCAGCAUUCUAAAUACGCCGAAGAAGCUGGGGAAUAGCCUUCUCCGCCGUGGGGCAAACCGUAAAGUGACUCCUAAAAACUCCCCCCGGAGUGGCAGUCGGAGAUCCCCAAGGACAUCCACAUCUCCAAAGGGCAAGGCCAACUCCAGGUCUCUGAGGAACACCAAGUUCUAGCAACGCCAUCUUUCCUGUGUGGUCAAGAGCCCUCCUGCCACUCUGAGCACCGUGUCUCCCCAAGUAGAGGGGGCCAGGUGCUGCUGCCACCCCGCCACCGCUAUUGCCUGAGUCUCCCGCAGCCUUUCCCCCUGCUCUCCUCCAUUCCUGCUUCCACCAUGUGCAGGGCCCCCUUGCCCCCCCCCACACGACGACGCCAACACCUUGGCAUCCCUCCGGCCCCAGUUCAUACAAUUUAUGGGGGGUGGUAGUUCUGACUUACUGGGCAGAGGGGCACUGUAAAGGUUGUUGUGUGUGUGUGCCUCUGCGCGCACACUGAGGCAGGAAAGUUUUGCCAGCGAAACGAGAAAUUCUCCAAACAAGCCUAUUCCAGAAUCAAAAGCAUUUGGCAGAAUUGGGCACUCCAAGAGGGAGUCAGAACAGGAACUGGGAUUUACUCUUCAUUGCCGGAGUACCUAGCAUCUUAAGAACUCCUGUGUGGAGCAAAGCUUCUCCGCUUCAAAGCAGUGGGGCCCCUUUUUUGGGUGGGGGCUUGGGACAUAUUAGCAUGCAUAGUUGCAGCAGCAGUUGACUUCCCAUGGCAUUGGGCAGCCCUCCAUUCUUAGGUAAUCCCCCGCCCUUUGCAAGACCACCGCAGAUGGCAAAGCUCUUCCUUCCCAGAUUCCUUCCCUGAAAAUCAAGAAGUCUGGACUGAAGGCUGAGCUAAAGAUCUUCCAGCAGAGACACCGAGAGCCAGGGGCUUGUCCUUGACCAGAAGGGGAGAGAAUUCUUUGUCUCCUGCACAAAAGGCCAACAUCAUUUGAGAACUGGGAUGGCUUUGGACAAGCGGCAGCGUAGUCAUUCUCCUUGUGCGAGUGGCGACAGGAGGGUCUUCACAAGCGCUGUUCUCGGGCAUCUUCAGGGCCUCUUGCUGGAGGGCGGGGGCUGAGGGAGUGCUUUGUACAGGCUGGGCAUCCCCUUCCCUUAUCCCACAGGCUUUACUUAGCUGUGUUGCUUUGUAUUGUAAUCUGUAGGCAAUGCUGUGGGAGCGGGGUCUUUGGUGCAGUGUCCCUCUGCUUUCGGGACUGUGCCGGGGCAGCUCACCGGGGGCCCUAGUUACGAGGGCCAGGAGUGCGAGAGACACUGUGUCUGAGCACAGCCCUCCUUCAUUUUGGUGGGGCUGGUGCCAAGACCAUGCCCUGCCCCCUCUAACUAGAAGCCUUUGCCCAAAAAAGCAGGGCUGUGUGGAGGCGCUGGGGGGGGGGGGCUCUGUCCCCUGGGAGAGCAUUUGCUUCCCCUCUUUUUGGAGGGGUCUCUCUCUCUCUCUCUCAAGAGCCCCCCGGCAAUGGAGGAGAGCCAGAAGGCUGGUCCUGAGUGGGGUCCGGUCCGGAGGGAGGGGAGUGGGCAUCCCCCUUGAGCUGUUUCCUGGCCUGGGGAGGGGAUGCUGCCCGAGGGUGCCCCCCACACGCAGCCCUCUAAUACACUUGCCUUUGUAGAGAGUUUAGCAAUCAGAUGUGUCAUUUUAAAUAAGGUUUCUACUUGUAAAUAAAUGGUAUUUUUCUCCCA